GACAGCAGCAGAGCGCAUAGCAAUUGAGCAGAGGGAGAGGAGAGAGGAGAGCGGUAGAGGCAGCCAGCGCUAGCAAACCUCUCCUUAAGUGGGCUACAACGGAUCCCACAGCCGCAAAACCAGAGGAGGCGCACAGAUAGAAACAGUAAAAAAAGUUAUUUAUCCUUAAAGUAGAAGACAGCGUUCACGAAACAGAACAAACCCGCGGCAAGACGAAGACAUGGCUACGACAACCUGUACACGAUUUACGGACGAAUACCAGCUGUAUGAAGAGCUCGGAAAGGGGGCUUUUUCAGUGGUGCGCCGAUGUGUCAAGCUGUGCACAGGCCAAGAGUACGCAGCCAAAAUCAUCAACACCAAAAAACUUUCUGCAAGAGACCACCAGAAGCUGGAGCGCGAGGCUCGUAUCUGCCGCCUGCUCAAGCACUCCAACAUCGUUCGUCUCCAUGACAGUAUAUCGGAAGAAGGCUUCCACUACCUCCUCUUUGACCUGGUGACUGGAGGAGAGCUGUUUGAAGACAUUGUUGCCAGAGAAUACUACAGUGAGGCGGAUGCCAGUCACUGUAUCCAUCAGAUUCUAGACAGUGUCAAUCACAUUCACCAACAUGACAUAGUUCACAGGGACCUGAAGCCAGAGAACCUGCUCCUGGCCAGUAAGUGCAAGAAUGCUGCUGUGAAGCUGGCUGACUUUGGGCUGGCCAUUGAGGUGCAGGGCGAUCAGCAGGCCUGGUUUGGGUUUGCUGGGACGCCAGGAUACCUUUCUCCAGAGGUCCUGCGGAAGGAGGCGUACGGGAAGCCCGUGGAUAUCUGGGCGUGCGGUGUGAUUCUGUACAUCCUGCUUGUGGGAUAUCCUCCCUUCUGGGAUGAAGACCAGCACAAGCUGUACCAGCAGAUCAAAGCAGGAGCCUAUGAUUUCCCCUCCCCCGAGUGGGACACGGUCACUCCAGAAGCCAAGAACCUCAUCAACCAGAUGCUGACCAUCAACCCCGCCAAGCGGAUCACUGCACAGGAGGCCCUGAAGCACCCAUGGGUCUGCCAACGCUCCACAGUGGCCUCCAUGAUGCACAGACAGGAGACAGUAGAGUGUCUGAAGAAAUUCAACGCCAGGAGGAAACUCAAGGGGGCAAUCCUCACCACCAUGCUGGCUACGAGGAACUUCUCUGUGGGCCGGCAGACUACGGCUCCGGCUACAGUCACUGCCGCUGCCGCCGGCACUGCUGCUGGGCUGGUGGAACAAGCAGCCAAGAGUUUACUCAACAAGAAGGCGGACGUGAAGAAAAGGAAAUCAAGCUCUACCGUUCAGUACAUGCCGCAGUCAAACAGCACGAAAAACAGCAUAGUCACCAGUCCAAAAGGAAACCUCCCUUCUCCUGCUCUGGAGCCUCAGACCACUGUUAUCCAUAAUCCAGUGGAUGGGAUCAAGGAGUCGUCUGACAGCAGUAACACAACCAUUGAGGAUGAGGAUGUCAAAGGGAAGAGUCUAGACAGCAGCUCAGUAAAGGCCCAGUCCAGCUCCGGUUCGCACUCGGAGGCCGUCCAAUCACCACAAAGCCCGCCCCCCGCUGUGUUCUCUUCCAAGCUGACAGACAUUCUGGGCUGUGUGCGCAGGGGUUCGGGACCCGGGUCUGACAGCGAGGGGGGGGCCAGCAGUGCCCCAGCUCCCCAGCAGGGCCCCUUGCCGCCCCACACCCCUGUCAUUCCUCUCCAGACACGCAAGCAAGAGAUCAUCAAGAUCACGGAGCAGCUGAUCGAGGCCGUCAACAACGGAGACUUCGAGGCCUACGCGAAAAUAUGUGACCCCGGUCUGACCUCCUUCGAACCUGAGGCCCUGGGCAACCUAGUGGAGGGGAUGGACUUCCACAGAUUCUACUUUGAGAACUUGCUGUCCAAGAACAGUAAGCCCAUCCACACCACCAUCCUGAACCCCCACGUCCACCUGAUCGGAGAGGACGCCGCCUGCAUCGCCUACAUCCGCCUGACACAGUUCGUGGACGCCCAGGGCCGGCCGCGCAGCAGCCAGUCGGAGGAGACCCGCGUGUGGCACCGCCGCGACAGCAAGUGGCAGAACGUGCACUUCCACUGCUCAGGGGCCCCUGCCGCGCCGCUACAGUGAAGGGGCGGCCGCAAUGCCCGAGUCUGACAGGGUGCCAGCGAGAGAGAAAGAGGGAGCGAGUCCAGGGUUCGAGCUUUGAGCCAGCGCCCUCACCCGCAUGCACGUCUUUACAACCGCCCGCUGCUGUGCUGCGCCCGCUAACGCAACCUUCCAGCUGACCAGCGAUCAUCUACCGGCUACCCGGACAACCUCUUACCCAUCCCAUAAUCCACUUCACCUACCCUCCGGCAUGACAACCAAGGAUCCUGACAACCGCCACUCAAGACCAAGACAGCAGCAACAGUAGCAGCAUCAGCAGCGAAUCAAACAAGACUUAUUUAACAGUCCAGUAUUAAUCCGCUCACAUGUUUGUGUAUCAACUCUUUAAUCACGUCAUCCCAUUUCUGUCUCGACUGGCUGAGUGUUUACCGUGCCAAGCACAGGCGCUCCGAAUACAGUAUGUAAAGUUUUAAACAAAAUGCAUUAUUAUUAUUAAUAUUAUUAUGAUUAUGGUUAUUAUAAUAUGGCGAUUGUAUAUGUAAUUUGUACAAUUCAUAUUCUUGAUGCCAGUGGUUUCUAGAAAUAUAAGAGAGGAAUAUUUAAUUUUUUUUUUAAAGCAUGAGUGUUUUUUCAGUAUUCUCAGUGGCUGUUUUUAUCGUGCUUGAGUAAAACACACAUUGGCAGUUUUGUAUAUGCUUCUGUCUGUUUAUAAUUCUACUAGCAGCCCAGGUUCGAUUCUUGUGUGGUUUGGUUCUGAAAUGGAAUAACAAGAGGAGAGCCCAGGUCAGAACUGGAGAGGUUUUUCUUAGUUUGAAGGCGGUGGGAGGACGGGAUUGAUUUGGAGCAGUGCGAUAUGAUUGGUUCACGUUUUCUAUGCGUACUUGGGCAGAGGGGUUACGAUUGGCUAUCUUGCUUCUGCCAAUCUGCCAGUCUGAUAAUUUUGUGAAAACCCUUUAGUGUGAUAUGGAUCCUUUUGUGUGCUGGAGAGUUUGCUAUAUGAGGCUAAUGAGCAUGAGUGACAGGUUUUGUUUUUAGUUUUUUGUGUUUUUGUGAGACUUUUGGCUUUUAAGGGCUUGUGCUGGGGAUCACCUCAGUGAAUGGAUCUUCAAAGUACUGCAUCUUCUACAGGAACGUAUCUCAGUACUAUACUGAUUUCUCUUGCUGCGCUAUAAUAUACCAAAUUCCUGUAUUAUACUAACAUCAUCUACUGCAUAUGGCUACUACACAAGUCCAAAAGUACUAUAUUACAUUUCUUCUGGACAGUGGUAGUAUGAUAUACUUUUCUAAGCAUGCCACAGUGCAGUAUUCCUAUAACACUUCCUACAUUCUGCUCCUCCACUGCCUUGUCUUCUGUUCUGUAUUAACACAGUCUACUAGACUCCCACUUUACUGUACUAAUACUUUCUACAGCAGAGCCUCUCUGUGCCCGACUCUCUCCAGCAAAGAGGCUCAUACACGCCAACGCCUCAUCUUGCAUGCAACCCUUUCCUCCAUACCCAGCUAUACUAGUGCAUCAUGAAAAUAUUCCCAGUAUUGUACCGUCCCAUAGUUUUACAACUGCAGCUCCCAGAGAACUGCGCUGUGCUUUGCUGUACUAUAAGAUCCCAAUUUGCAUUGUCCCAGUUUUUGCUUGGAAAACUCUCUGCUGUCAAAGAUAAGCCUGAUGGGUCAGCUUUGCUUCUGGAUUUGGAAUGGAUCCCCCCCAGGGGGGCUGGCUCCAGGACGCAGCUGUCCCAGCCCAGGAUUGAGCUUGUACUCUGCAAGUACGAGAACGUAGCUUCUGUCGGCGAUAGGUGUCGCCCGGGCAAUCAGCCCACUGUGGGAAGGACCAGAACAGGGGAUGUGAGGUUUCUGACAAUAAUCCACAGGUAGCGAAGACGAAUCUGUGUUGAGCAAACAGGAUGCCCGUAGCGAGAAAUGCAGUGGGUGUUGUGUGGAGUUUUUAAAAAGGAAUGUAGCAGAAAGUGGAUGUUCCUGGAUGUUCUGGGGCUGCAGAGCAGACUCUCUCAUCACUGACUGAUAAUUACCAGAGUUUACAGACAAGUGUUAUCCACACCCCAGGGUCUGUUCUUGUAUCCUAAUGAGGACAGCAGGAGGUGUGUCUUGUUUCGGACUUGUUUUUGCAGGAGACUUUAGGGUUUGGAGGAGUGCAUUUGCUCUCUGAGGAAGGCUGCUGUGUUUGGCGUUGGGCGUUGUCACUGAAAGAGGCACAGCGAAGAGAUUUACUGCUUCUGGGAGCUGAUGCUGGUAAUGGAAAGUCUCUCCAUCUCCAGCGGAGAGUCAAACCAAGUGCUUUUCAGCGUCUUAUUGGCUAUGGUCCAUAGACGGUGCUUGCAGGAUCCUUGUUGUUGCUUCGGUACUCUUUCUCCUUGUCAGGGUGGUGAUGGUAGAGUUUGCAGGCGAGCAGAAAGAAGGGAAAGCAGGGGAGGGGCUCUCACUUUAAAUCUCUUCCGAGGUUGGUUUACCGCCACUGGCGCAGACUCCUGCGCAGACGCGUUUCUCUCCCUGGCGAUCUGCGCGCGGGGAUACGCAUCGGCGGGAAGCUCUCCAGAGGCGUUUUCCAAAAUCCGUCUUUUUUUUUCACUGGUCUCUCCGGGUUUUUGUUCGCCCCGCCAUUGCAGAGGGGUUGGAAUGCUUAUUUCCCGGGUCUUGCAAUGAGGCCCAUGUGUGGGAAUAAGGGGUUUUCUUGCAGUUUCGGAGCCUCUGAGGCGCAGAGGGGCUGCGUUGUACUGAAUUCUAUGUACACGCGCAGGUUUGAGUGAAGAGGUCAGAAACUGAAGCAUAUCUAUUAUUUUGUAUUUAUUUGAUUGGGAUUCAUGUUCACUUUAGGAGCGAGUUUGGACAUCUUGUUUUCAUGUAGGUCACUGGGAUUUGAACGGUGUUAUUGGGGAGUUUUCAGGGGGAUUGUCUGCUUUCUUUGAAAGUUUUAAUUUAUUUCAUGUGUGUUGAAAUGAUCUCUGUAUUUAUUUGUACUUUUUAUUAUUUUAUUUUUACCAGGUUUUCCAAAUUUCAGAAAAAGGCCAUGGGUGUGUCGAAUGUUUCAUUGCUGUUAUUAUAGUAAGCUGUGUGAUGGGGGGGGGGAGUGUUUUGAUGUCACAUUGCCGGUGACAGGAAGGGCCAAAUCCACAGAGGGGUCAGUCUUACCUGGAUUUGGAAUUCGCCCCCCAAAGCAGGGCUGGGGCAUUGCGGUCUGUAAGUGGUCUGGUCUUAGGAGCCUUGUGCUUGGAUGUGUGAAAGUAUGGAGGCUGUUCACUGUAAAACAAAGCUCUAGCACAGGAAACAAGACCUCUCGUUCUGCGUGAGGGGUGGCAUUGAAGAAGUAUAAUUCUUCAAGACGUGCAGAGCCUUCCCAUAUUAUACUGAGCAGUCUUGACGAGACAGAUGCUAGGUAUGUGACAACACAUGGAAAAAGGGAGCACAUACAAACGUGCUCGAACCCGGGAGCCUGGCCUUACGCAUCACGCAGGGCCUGAUGCAUAUGCUUAAAGUUUUACCAUUGGCAUGGAACCUGGAUAAUUCCAGCAUGUUGAACUGAUGGGGGAGGGCUCUUCUGUAGUAUGAAAUCCCAGUUAGUUUUAAUCCAACCACUUUUGUGCUAUGGAUACUUGGCACUGCCUGGCUGUGCAGAACCUGAUGCCUGGACCCGAUUCUGGGCUGCAUGCCCAUCGUUCAUCCCACUUCAGAGCAGGGACACAGUGACCAGGCUGCCAGCUCGAGGCACCGAGCCUUCUUGUGUGCUGCCCUCGAAGCACAAAGCAAACAUUGUGCUCAGCAAUGUGGCGCUCCAGGGAGCUGCAAGGGAAACUGUGACGAUGCAGGAAGGGAGGCGCAGCAGAGGAGAGUCCAGCAGUGAAAUUUGCUGUGGCACUGGUGAUGCUCGCACUGUGCAGUCCCGUAGGUACUGCUGACCUCCCUAGGGCAGCAAGACCCAUACAGCUGGGUCUGAACACAUCUGUUGUGCAGGCCAGUGGAAUCAGUGUCACUGCUUGGAAAUGGCAGCAAACAGUACUGCAGACAGGAUGUCACUGAUUCAGUUAAAGAAAGGCCAGGCAGUACAGACGCUGUGCACAGUCUGGGUCGGGGGGGGGGGGGGGAUCGGGGGGAGAUCACAAGCUGACCAAGGACAUGUAGAGGGAUCUUUUUUAAGGGCCUUGAAACUUGUAGGAUUUAGGAGUUAAUUCCGGCAAAACACAGCCUCCUUUAAUUCACUGCAGUACCUUCACGUACGCUAAUGUUCUGUGGAAAGUAAGAUGAGGGUGAAUUUUGAAAUCAUUUUUUGUUACCAGACCAGCUGCUGAUACCUGCUCUGUCUGGAGACAGCCUGCUGGAGCGAUCCGAUUUUAGGGGUGAAAAUUCAGUUUCCAGAGGCAUUUUGUGCACAUCUGGGUUCACCAUGAAGGGACUUGGGGGAGUCAAACUAGAGGGAAAGUUACAGACUUUGAAGGUUAAGCAAAAACCGGUACGAUCAAGCCACUUGCAAUCUGUGAUGCGCUAGGGGUUUUUUUUUUUGGUCCUUUUCUUUUUUUUGUUCACCCCGGUGCUUGAUGUGAUGAUAUGGAUGUGUGUGCGUGCGCGCAAUUUAAAAAAAAAAACGGAAAAGGAAAAAAAAAAAUACCCCCCCCAGGAGAAAUAGCCGCAUGUUGAAAAUGGUCUUUUGUUCUUCAGUGUGUUUAGCAUCAAAAAUAAUCAUUUUAAAAAAAAAUCUAAGAAAAAAUAUUGCUGACCUGCAGUUACCUAGUAAUAUCAUAGAUGGGAUUUCUUUGCAUGACAUUCUACAGGACAAUAAGUUUGGUGUUUUUUGUUUUUUUACUGAAUGCUGUAAAACUAUGAACCUUUCUCUAUUUUCUGAGCUUUGUAAGUGCAUAAAACUAUUUUUGUCUCAAGAUGAUGAUGAUGAUGAUGAUAAACCUGUCAUGAUGAUUGUAUGGCAUGCUUUUGUACAGGGCUCAGUGUUGUCACGGCAGCGGGAGUCUGCACUGCAGAGCUGAUCGAGAGCAGCGUGUUCGUACAGCACGUGCAUUUGUAGAUGGAUCACACCCAGGCACAGAUUAUCCGGCUGCGCUCUUGGAAGUAUUAGCCAGUUAUUUAACCGAGCUAAUUCAUUGAUUUAAAUGUUUAAUUUGAAGUGUUUAUCCUUGACGUUGAAAUACUGCUGAAUGUCAGACCCUGUAAUUGAUAAGGAAUAAAAUCUUUUUCAGAUGAUGCUAGUCGUGAAAAAGCACGAUACAAGUGUUUGUCCCUGCUCUAACGGUUAAUACCAGCCUGACUCGACAGAGCAGCUUCUAUGGAAUAGAUCGAUCUGAAUUGGCCACCAUAGAUUUUUGUGCUUAUAACCUUGUGUGAAAGCCUGCUCUAUUUUUCUCCCUACAUGGCCUCUACACCGCUCACCUGUAACACAAACGCUCAGAGAAGCAUGAGCUCCGUUGCACAUCUCCCCCACGACCCCCACCCAGCUCCAUCUCCAGGAUGGAGUUACAGCGUAACGCAAGGCAACGCGCUAAAGCUAGGGCAUCAACAGGACCAUGGCCAAAACACAGAACACCUGCAAAGCCAGGAACCAUCUGCAGACGAAGGCCAUUCUGCAGCUGUUCAACCAUGACCUCCACUAGGUCAGGGAGGCUGGUGGGGUGAGUUGUUUCUCUGUCAAAUAACAACCGCAGCCAUUUUCCCUCCCCAGGAAAACUCACAGUAGCAGCAGGGAGACGGGGCUUUCUUCUCCCUAGCCAACAUCACCAGGAGUGCUCCCUGGCCACCACUGCCAUUAUAUCCCAUGGACCUGCAUUCAGCGGGGAUUUUUGUAUGAAGUAGAAUCAUGGCGGGUAGGUGCAUUCUUCAUGGCCAACCAUUCAAUCUAGACCACUCCUCCCACCCCUACCCAGCAACCCACAUCCCCUCCAAGAUGUGUAAACCGUAAACUUUCCCUUAUUGGGGAAAGGGAAAGCCAUUAAGUUUACCCCCGUUUUGUCUUUUUCCCCCCCUCAUUUUUAAUUCACCAACACUAUAGCUUCAACCACCAGGAAGCUGUUCGAAGUAGUGACCUAGUAACCUACUCAACCCUGCCAGGCUGAUCCUGUCUGGGCAGGGUUAUUACUCAAGAACCCAGACUAGCACCCAUGCCACCAUCUACUGCGUCUGCUAGGAUUCCAUUCUGCCCAACCUAGUGGGCUCAGACACCACUCCCAGCCUCCAUUCUAACCUCAGGCAAGACUACCCUCUUGCUACCCUCAACCCUUUGGAGUGAGCACACCGUACUCUGCCCUGCUGUCAUUUCCUUUCAUAACCCUUGGAGUAAACCCACUCCUCAGAGAGUGCAACCACGAGCCAAACUGUACUUUUUCCUCUCUUGCACCUUUCCUACCCACCCAUGUCCACCAUCUUGCCGUCUAAAUACCCUGCAGCUGAGAGACGGGUCUUUAUGGCUGCUUACUUUGCUAGUGCCUGCACGCAGUGUGGAUUUUGAAGGUGGUGAGGCAUCAUUAGGCAGCCUCUUGUGGCAGAGCCAGUCCAUUCAGGAGACGUGCUACUCCUCCUAAACAAGCACUUUAACAUCCAGUCCAGGGAGCCGUCCUCUUUGAUUGAGCCCUUUUCCAUAACAAUUCUUUCAGUCUUAGACUUGAGGUGAGGAUGCAAUCUCUUUUCCCCCAGGAAAAGGACCAAGUUCUUUCCCAAAGACUAAAUAUGGUACUUCCCCAGUCCUUUAGGGCUAAAGGGUAAAACUCUCAAGACCUUACGGUACUCUUCCCCAUUGAGCACUUAAGACGGGACAUCUUAAUCCUUUGGAUCUGGGGACCAGGGCAGCCUCCCCUGCUCCACCUUCCUCCAGAAGUCUUCAGACUGCACAGGACGACCUUGCUUAUAGGUUUGUAGUCUUCUCCGAGACCCUUCUGCCUCCUUGUGCUGGGUCAAUAGGGUUUCCCCAGGGAAAAUGGUGAAGGGCUAAUAAUGACUUUCACUUCCUACAGCCCGAUUUCCUGCUGUGCAUCCAUGGGAAGACCUCCCGAAGCUCCUCCAUCUGUCACUGCCGUGGCAGCUGUUGCACACUGCCCUUCUCAGUCUGAGCAGAACUCGCUUCCUCUUGGCAUCUUUUUCCACAGACAGAGUUUUCCAGCAAAAGAUUAGGAGUGUAGACAAACGUUCAGUUGUUAGAGUUCUUCUUUCUGGAGUAGUUUGUUACUCUGGCUGGUCUGUAACUGGGCUUCUGUAAAGAGAAUUGUGUCCUCCACCUCUCCUCUCCGCAAGGGCCUGCUUGAGUUGGGAACACCUCUACGGACUACUUCACUGCAGUGCAAGAGACUCUGGACUAGAGAUCUAGGAGGAUGGCCAUUACCUACUGGGCCUCCUCUACUACCGCCUGGAGGCUCAUGGUAUAGCUGGGUCUGCAGCUCGCUGUUUUCUUGUGUCAGGUGGUUCUGAAAUGGGCAUUCACUCAUCAGUGUCUCAGAUGACCACACUGACUCUUCUUCUGCUCUUCAUUAGGCUGUAGGACCUCAUUCUUCUCCCUCAGGUCACAGGUCAAUGCAAUGGACUUUUGCUGCAGUUUUCCCAGUUCAGCAUCUUGCUGGCUCCUCUGCUUGGGGUUCUGGAGAGUUUCUCGAAGCCCGACAGUCUUCCACGGAAAAGCCUGACGGCUAUGACUGAAAGUCUGGCCAUGCGUUUGUCCUUUUCUGGAACCAAAGGGUCCCAGUCACAUGUUCCUGGCAGCUGGAACAACUGCAGGUCUGUGGAACUGUGAGCCCCCCUCCAAGGUCACAUGAUCUCCUCUUCAGGAGAGUUUCUGGACCAGGCUUCAGCUCUCUUCUCCCAAGUCAAGCUCAUCUCACUUGAGCACACCAGACUGCAGCCUGCGUUCCUCCGCGUCUCCUGGUGACCAGUCUUAUGUUCUUUCUUCUUCAUCUCCGAGGUGCUGGCCUCUUCCGAAGAGGGAGCUGUAGAGUGUUCUGGCCUUGCCGCAGGCUCUUACCAGAGCAGAAAGACAUGCCUCCUGUGGUCUGCGGGGCUGGGACCUGUUCAUGCUUCUCACAGCUGCCGGUCCAGGGAGGGGGCGAGGGGGGUGGGCUCUACACCAGUCACACCAUCUCCUGGCGGGCCCAGCUGAUGGUCUUAGCUACCGCCAGCUCCUCUCAAGCACUGCCAGAGGAGCCUGACCCAUUUCACUCUGUUACAGAGUCUUCUUUUCCCAACUCUUGUCUAGCUACUAAAUCAUCUUCCAUUGUUUUAAUUGCAUUCUCAGGGAAGGAGAAUAAUUUCCUCCCCCUUUGUUUGGGUGAAAAAAAAAUCGAGAUGAGAGACGACUUGCAUCGGUUUUCGUCUUUUUUGGGGGGGAUUGCAAUACUUGUAUUGACCGCUAGGGCUGGUUCUUCUUAACCUGGUAGCGUGGUUUCGGACGUUCAACACCCGUGAACCACCUGUGAACCACCUGUGAUAGGGCGCCUGAAACCCUAUUUUCAGUCGACAGGAGAGCCGUUCUGUUUCUCCGCCCCCUCAAACCUACGGAUAUGUUUAUUCUUUUUGUUUUCAGUCAAACACUGUACACUGGUCUCGCCUUUUCGGAAGCCUUUUAAAGAGAAGACUGCUCUACCUCAGCUGCAGCAGGUUCCGCUCCCGUAGCCUCGUGCGAAUGCAAAGUCUGCGCUUGUUGAUGCCCCGCGUGGGGCCUUCCACGCCGUACACCUGUAGCGGGGAAACCGCUGCUCCACUAAAUCAAAUCAAAAUUCUUCAGUCAAUCGUCUAUUUUUAAAAGGGUCAAAAUACAGUUUACGAUCACGAAGCCAUGACCACUCGCAAGACUGUUGUUACUUGGUUUGAAAUUCAGCGCAGUCCAUCACUUUUCAACACCUCGGUUAUGGGUUACAGUUAUUUCGCUCUUGAAUUCUCUUGUUUUUUCAGUCUGAAACUCCAGACAAACCUGUACGUGAGCUGCCGGGUGUCCGAAGAAAACAGUAUACGUUUGCUUUUAAUCCUGCUGAAUUUCCUUUGUAAAUAAGACCUGCGGUCUACGUACACGUACGCUAGAUGGCGCAAUCCAAUGCUGUCAAAUUUUCGAUUAAAAAGUGAAGAAUAAUGGCUGAUAGAACAGUAAUUAUUUUCGUUUGUUGUUAAGAGCUUGCGUGUGAUUGAAAAUGCCAUGUUUAUUUAAACAUGAUAUGUGGAAGGCACAGUUUUUACAAUGCAGUUGCACCUUGGUAAAAACAAAAGUUUAAAACAGUUUAUUCCUUAUCUCCAUCGGGGUCCAAAUUUUCGAUUCUGUUUUCUCUUCAGGGUAGAUCUAAUGUGUUUUAUAAUCUUUUAUCUCGAUUGACCUGGUUUAGAGGACAAACAGCAUUGUGGCUUGAAAACUAAAUUAUUCCAAGGACACUAAAACUAAAGACAAGGGUGUGGCACGUUUGUAAUAAAUGGUGCAGAUUUAAUCUUAAUCCCGGGCCCUUUAUCGCAGCAGGAGGCGCCCACGAUGCGACACUAGGACACUCCAGCACUUCCACGCAGCUUGUGCGGUAGUGGCCGGCAGGCGCUCAGGUGUCGCUUGAAGGCCAGUGCAGCCCUGGUCCUCGCCCAGUGCCCCUAGCAGCGCCGCCGGAAGACGACAGGACCUUAACAUCCGUGUAGCAUGAUUCGCUCUUCCCGUCACAGUCCCACUGCAGGGUCCCGCAGCGAGGGUGGGGGGGAGCUGGCGGGGGAACCACACCGCCCUUCCGAAACAAGAAAGGGAGGGGCAGCAACUGGGGGGGAGGGGCUUACCCCGACUCGCUCGGGGUUCUCGUCGCUCCUCCAGCCCAGGGUCAAGCCGCCUGCCCCGCGGAGAGGUGGUCCUGCGUCCGCUCAGCUCUUCGGCUCUGUACGACGCUGCUCUCUCUCUCUCCUCCUGCUGCCUGACAACACCGAGCUGACGACUCUUUGUAGUAUUCCUUCUGCCUUUCUUCCCCCCCUUGUCCUUCUUUUCAAAGUAUAGUUUCUCCGCAGUUUAAAACCUUCUUUUCUUUUCUUUUUUGUUUCUGUCAGUUCUGGUUUCUAUGAAGAUAUUAAACUACUCUAUUUCUCGGAUGAUUAUUCUGAUGAUUACUGUUCUCCGAUGUGCUCUAUGUGUUCUCUGACUUAAGGAAAUGUGUUAAAAUGUUAUCAAUAAAAGCAACAACUUCAAUAUAA